AUGCCUUCGCAAGGAUCUCAGCAGCUCUCUUCCUCUCCCUUGUGUCUUUCCUUGCUCAAAUUCUCUUAUGCCACCGUCUCUAACGAGAGCAUUGCUCCGAUCCCCUGGAUCCACCUCUCUAGCAAGAACAGUCUCUUUGCCGUGUUCGAAACAAGCCCGGUUCAACUGGAAGAUGGCCGUGUCGAGGAGAGACAAAGGUUCAAGGUCCUGCGGGAUCCUGAAGUAAUGGAAGAAUUGGAUCUCAAUGCCCUCUCCGCCGGAGCGCAUCGUGCAAUGGCCCAGGCACCAAACAUCAUGUCUCCUCAGAUCCCGGAUGUCACUGUCAUUGUCAAGGUGCCAAUAAUUGCCAUCAAAUAUCCCAUGCCGAAUGGACAGGUGAUGGAUGCCGAAUCCAAAGCCUUCUCUGCUCACACUGCUCCAGAUUCGCCGAUUCCAGAUCCGCUUUACUACAAAUGA